AUGACAGAGCACAACAAGGAGAGGCGUUAUGAGUGUGACGUGUGUGACAAGGCCUGGCAGCUCCCGAGCCAGCUGGAGAUCCACCGGCGGGUGCACACGGCAGAACGCCCCUUCACCUGCUCCGAUUGCGGCAAGAGCUUCAAGUCAACGAAGGUCCUGAAGAUCCACCGGCGGAUGCACACGGGCGAGAAGCCCUAUGGCUGCUCCACCUGUGGCAAGAGCUUUGCCUGGUUGUCGGGGCUGCGGGAGCACCGGCGGGUGCACAGCAGUGAGCGGCCCUUCACCUGCUCCGACUGCGGCAAAGGCUUCAAGUCGUCCAAGGACCUGAAGGUGCACAGGCGCCUGCACACUGGGGAGCGGCCCUACACCUGCAGCGACUGCGGCAAGGGCUUCACCCGCUCCAGCAACCUGCUGGAGCACCAGCGCACCCACACCGGCGAGCGCCCCUUCACCUGCGCCCAGUGUGGCAAGGGCUUCACAUGCUCCAACAGUCUGCUGUCCCACCAACAGCUGCAUGCCGGUAACUGUCCCGUCCCCAGCCCGAUGUGUGGAGAGCACUUUGACAUGGCCUCCCACGCCCUGUCCCACCACCCCGUGCACAACAGUGUCCAGCCGUACAACUGCCCGUACUGCAGUGAGGCGUUUGACAGCUCGCGGGGGUUAUGACAUCACCGGCGGACCUAUGCUGGUGAGCGGCUGCUCCCACUGCGUCAAUCGUUUCAAGAGCGCACGGCGGCGACGAGAGCACCAGCGGAUGAACACUAGAGAGAGACCCUUUGUGUGCGCUGAGUGUGGCAUGGCUUUCACCCGCAUGUCCAGCCUGGGGCAGCACCGGCG